AUGGGAGAGCAAAAUGAACCUGUGGUACAAGAUUUCGAGAAAUACUUCCAACUGCACUCAAUAAAGAACAAAAAGACACGUAAGAACGAGAACGAAAACAAAAUGGCUGGAGCUUUCGAUAGAUCAGCUGUAUCAAUUGAAGCACAACCACCAUUUGAUCCAGAACCAUUCGAGCAAUAUUUCGAACAUUGGAAUGAAAUAUUAAAGAGAUUUCCUUUAUUAUUUUACGGAUUGGGCUCUAAAAUCGAACUUCUUCGUGCAUUUGCUGAAGAUAUGUUAGUUGACCAAGGAUAUGUUGUCGAAGUUGAUGGAUUCUCAGGACAACCAAGGUUAAUCCAAAAUGCUAUUUCUCAAUUAUGUGAUUUGGAACAAGUUAAGAAAAAUGUUGACACGCUUAAUAGAUCUCUCAGAACUUUACGCCGCUAUGCUUUUAUUAUUGUCCACUGCAUCGAUGAUGACUGCAUGAGCGAUGAUGAUACAAGAAGAGAUUUAAUUGAAAUCGCAAACUCAAGUAAUAUCUUUUUAAUUGCAAGUUUAGAUCGUAUCCCUCUUUGGUCAUUAAAUUUCUACACUUCAAUGAAAUUCUUUACAAUUAAUGUCAAUACAAACAGAUUAUAUUCCCAAGAAAUCGGAUUUACAAUGUCAGCUAAGAGCGCUGUUGUCUUAGAUUCUAUCGAGCGUUACGAUAUCGUCCUCAAAACUCUUACAGAGACCGCCAGAGUCGUUUUUGGUGUUUUGGCCAAAUAUCAAAUGAAAACUGGCAAAGGCUUAACGGCAUCAGCAUGGCAAGAUAAGGCACAGGCAGAAUUAUUUAUUAGAAUGCGUGAUUCAUUCAAUACUCAAAAGAAUGAAUUUUUGGACCACAAACUUAUUGCUCAGAAGAAGGAUACCGAUUUAUAUACAAUUCCUCUUUCUCAGCAGCAACUUUCUGCUUUGAUGGAAAGACUAUUUCCUUCUACAGAUAAGCAAUAA